UGUGUUAAUAUAUAGUUUCACUUCAAACUAAAAUAUUUGUUCUGAGAAAGUGAUAUUUUUACUCAUGUUUUUGAAUGGGGUCCUAACAAAGAAAGUUGUCGCAGCGCUGUUAGCGGCUUAGUUUAAUGUGGCUGUUAUGUACAGUUCAAAAUAUGUCGAUAAACUAAAUGUACAUACGAUAGACGUUGUCAAACGCUUCGGUUGGAUGAAUUAAUUGAUGUAUUAAUUUUCCAUAGAUCAUUUGACCCUUUCUGCUCUGGGCUAACAAACUGCAGAGUUAAGCUAACAUUAGCCAAGCUGUCAAGUAMCCAGUCUACACAGCUUUGCAGCACUUUCUUGCUAGCUAACUAGCUAGCAAUAGAUUUGAACGAGGACAACAAAGAAAACGUCGCAAAUACUGUGCCGUUUGUGAAUAUACUUUGUCUUAAAGUCGCAUUAUGAAGUGUAUAGCUCUAUUUUAAUAGUAAGCUACCAGUAGUUUGUCCGUUUUUAGAUUAUGUCAGUUAUAUUGAUUGUACUGUAACGUUAGCUAACUCACGUCCACUGACUCAAGCUAGACAGCCAGGUGGCUAUUUAAUCAAGGAGUAACACUGAGGAUCCGAGAUCGUGUUAUCCAAUUAAACAUGGACAAGAAAUCAUUCGACAUCGUCUUAGACGAAAUCAGGAAGUGCGUGCUAACAGAUCAGCGGAUUAAGGCGAUAGAGCAGGUGCACGGGUACUUUUCCAGCGAGCAGGUAAUGGACAUGCUGAAGUACUUCUCCUGGGCAGAGCCUCAGAUCAAAGCUGUUAAAGCUCUUCAACAUAAAAUGGUUGCCAUCCCCACUACCAAAGUGGCCAACAUCCUCAACUGUUUCACCUUCUCUAAGGACCGACUGGUGGUUCUGGAGCUCAUAGCUCUGAACAUCUCUGAUGCCCAGAACUACCGUCCCGUAGAGGACCUGUUCCGUAUUCACCUGUGGAAGAAACGAGCCCGCAGGAUCCUAGAGCAGGUAACUCACACACUUGUGUAAGGUGGCUGCAAGGCUCCAGUAGCCAUGAUCUCUUCAUGUGAUAUCCCAGGGAACCCUUACCCUAAAGGCAAGCCCAGCCAGACCACUGGCACCUUCCCUGGAACUCCUGCAAAGAAGGAGGGAGAGGAGACCCCUGCCAACACAGAGGGGAAAGGCAUCGCAGCCCGCAUCAUUGGACCAUUCAAACCAGCUCCGUCGUCCUACAACCCUCAGCGGCCGGUGCCCUACCCCAUUCCCCCCUGCAGACCUCACGCCACCAUCGCACCGAGUAAGACCACCUCAAUACUAAACACAGACCACCUCAAUACUAAACACAGACCACCUCAAUGCUACGCCAAGACUGCCAAUCAGCAACAGCAUCCCGUCACAGGUUCAACUCCACGCCCUCCCAUCUCCCUCGGCUCCCCCACAGUCCCUCCCGUGCCCUCCCCUCUCACCCCACUCCCACCACCCCAUCACCCCUGUUUUCCCUGGCAAGGUCCCCUCCCAGAACCCUCUAGCCCCCUCUCCCUCCCCCGCCCCUCUCCCUCUGUCAUCAAAGGGGGUCCCCUCCCAUCCGGUUCCCCCCAUCUGCCCCCCAUCACCCCAUCCGUCAUUAAGGCCACCACCCCCUCAGCUACCCCCUGUGGCACCCCCGGUCCCCACCACCCAGGGGCGUUCUCCCCCUCUCCCUUCCAUGCCGGUGCCUCUCGGUCAGACACCCCUACCCCAAGGACCCCCCUCCCUGAGGGCACCUCCAUGGGCCUUCCUCAGUACAACCCCCAGACAGGCCCUGCCUUCCCUGGCCUGCCCUCAUACCAGACCACCUCGUCUGGGUCGGUGAUCCGCAGCUAUCCCUCCUCCUCGGCCCCCAGCCCCAAGCCCUGUCCGGCCCUGUCCGGCCAGGCCCAAGCGUCCUUCUACAGCGAGCAGCACCGCGGCCCACUGGCUAGAACAGGAGGGGGGACAGGCAGUGGCAGUAACAGCCCAGUCCCCUCUGCCUUUAAAGGCCCUUCCCGUGCGGGGACUCCCUCCCUCAGCUCUCUGGUGAUGCCUGGUGGAUCAGCGGCCUUAGCCCGCUCCCUGGGUCUGUCCCACCCCUCUGCUUCCCCGCAGGGCUCACUACCUAGCCCUGCUGCUAUGUCUUCACCCUUCCCUCCCUCCUCCUCCCUGUCCUCCAUGACCCCCACCUCCCACCCCCAGACCUCCAUGGCCUACCCAGGCCUGUCUCACAGCGUAGCCCCAAGCGGAGCCUCUCCCUUUGGGAUGGGUCUGACCACCACCCCCUCCAUCUUCCCGGGGCUGGUUCCAGGGCCCAGUCCGGGGGGGUUCCCAGGAUUCGGAGGUUCAGGAGGACCGGGGGCGGGGAGCCCCGUCCUGUCGUCCUUCAUGGGUGCUGGGGUGUCCGUAGCAACCGUAGCCCCUCUCCAUUCGGCGGCGGCCGUGGCAACAGGAGGUCCGUCCUCCUCUCCCGUUCUGCCUGGCUUCGCCUCUGCCUUCAGCUCCAACUUCCAGCCUGGGUGA